CGGAACGAGGCAGAUCCCGACGGAGCGGGACGGGAGCGGCGGGAUCCUCAUCCGCUCUUCCCUCGCUAACAGGGCGGCUCGGUGACGCGGGCCCUGCGGGUGGUGCUCGUUGCCCCUACCGUUGUUGGGACGUGUCCCGGCAAUAGGGAGCGAUGCCUCUCUUCGGGAACACCUUCAGCCCUAAGAAGACCCCUCCGCGGAAGGCCGCCUCGCUGUCCAACCUGCACUUGCUGGACAGAUCCACCCGCGAGGUCGAGCUGGGCCUGGAAUAUGGCACCCCCACCAUGAACCUCACCGGGCAGAGCCUCAAGUUUGAGAAUGGCCAGUGGGUGGCAGAAGUCGGAAGCUUCACGGGAGAUCGCAGGGAAAUGCAGCGCUUGCGCAAACGCAACCAGCAGCUGGAGGAGGAAAACAAUCUCCUUCGUCUGAAGGUGGAUAUUCUGCUGGACAUGCUCUCGGAGACCACCGCUGAGUCCCACCUGAUGGAGAAGGAGCUGGAGGAGCUGAAGACUCACAUCCGGAGGAGGAAGUGAAGGAAGGGCAGGCUGGGGGAGGAGGGAGCAGGAGCUCUUGGGAGCCUUUAUCUGCUCCUGCAGGCAAAAACCAGCUUGUGUGUCCAGGCUGUAUUGGUACCACGUGUAGAUAGUUCCACAGGACAAGCUGCUGGCAGUAUUGCAUCGGUACUAUGUAAGGGUGCCCCUGCAUCCCAGUACAUCGCACUGUGCACUGUUAACCAACGCUCACGGUUGUUCUCGGAGCGCUGUACUACUUCCAGCACUGGUGGCUGUUAGCCACAGGUACACAGCAAGCUGGCAGCAGAGAUCUGUGCCUGGAUUCAGAGCCCGGCUUCGUGCAAGGCCUUUGGCGAGCGGGGCGCUGUCUUUGCUUGCUCUCGAGCGUUCGGCAUCGUUUACACUAAAACACAUUAAAACGUUCUUUGGAACCCA